UCUGCGCUCCGCCUGUUAUGAAUUCGGCGUCAUGUGAUCAGUUGCUGCGGAUCAUGUGAUCUGGAACCGGAAUCGCUGAGUUUAGGAUGGAGGCGGUUUUGGAGCAGCAGCUGCGGGAAACGAUGAAGAACCCGGCAAUUAUAGGAGUCCUCUGUGCUGAUGUACAAGGCCUUAACUUGGGCUGUCGUGGGUCACUAAUUGAUGAACACGCGGGUGUAGUUUCCGUCCUCGCACAACAAGCGGCAAAGCUGACCACAGACCCAACGGACGUACCUGUGAUUUGUCUGGAGUCAGAUAACGGGAAUAUCAUGAUACGGAAGCAUGGAAACAUCACUGUCGCUGUGCACAAGAUGACGGUGUGAGCCAGGCCAAAGUAGUGGAAUUUGAUCAUUUGAAGCAGUCAGCAUGGUCCAUGCUGCAGGGUGUUUAACUCCUUGGCUUAAGCCUUCAAAAGGCAGCGUCUGACCCGGACUCAUUUAUGAGUGUUAAGUCAUCAACACUCUGGCAUUGGGCAUGGGGUGUGAUGAAACGAGAACUUUUUUGAGAUAAUUAAGUUUGGGAUUAAAUGCAAACUCAGCAAAA